UCAUUUAUAGUUUUUAUAUAUUUGUUUAUUCCCAUCCAACUUAUUAAAAAGUGAAACUUUUAAUGGAUCUUUUUCGGUGUCACACGAAAGUUUAAUAUUGUAAUUAAAAUAAAUAAACCGAAGACUACAAUGGUACGCAAGUAUUGUUCCAAUAACAAUAGGUUUUCAAGAAAACAAUUCAGUCUUUGGCAUCAAUGAACGGCAGUGUAGGAACAUAGUACAAUGUUUUUUCCACGCAUCAGAUCAAAAACCGUUUUAAUAUCUUUAACAAUUUCGAUAGUUUUAACAGUAUUGUCGGUUAUUUUAAUAAUUCGUGUAUUUCCUGACCUUAUUAAGAACGAAAUUUUUAAGAACGUUAGACUAAUUAGAGGAACCGAACAGUAUGACCGCUUUUUAGAAAUACCGUUUCCAGUUAGUUUUAAAGUAUUUGUAUUUAACGUAGAAAAUCCAAAUGAAAUUAUUAGUGGACAAAAGCCGGUAGUUAAAGAAAUUGGGCCAUUUGUUUACAAACUACACUGGACAAAACUUGUACAUGGUACGAAUGAAGAUGACGAUACCAUAUCUUACAUUGACCAACAAAUAUAUGAGUUUGAUUCCGAAGCUUCCGGAAACCUAUCGGACACGAAUUACGUAACGGUAGCUAAUCCUGUCAUGCUGGGUAUUUUACAACUUUCUGAAAAAUUUGGGCAGGCACACACUGUAUCUAAUUGUUUAACUGACAUUCUGGAUAACAUAAACACCCUUUUUAUCAAUGUAAAAGUUAAAGAUCUCCUAUUCGAUGGGUUGAAAUUUUGUCCUCGGCAUUUAUCUCUAUGUGAACUUCCCAAAAAUAUAGUUUGCAAAAUGGCAGCACAGAAGAAAAAUAUGGAUAAACUAGAAGAUGAUUCACUGCAAUUUUCAUUUUUUAAUUACAAAAAUAAGUCUCAUGAAACAUUAUAUACGAUCACGAGAGGAAUUAAAGAUGUGUUAACAUUAGGGCAAACAGUUACAAUAGACAACUCUCCAUAUACACAGUUUUGGAAUAAAUUACAUAAAAACAGUACAUGCGACUUAGUUAAAGGAUCCUAUAUUAGUUUGUAUCCACCUCAAAUUAGCGAAGAAUCGACCUUUAAGAUUUAUUCUACCGAUGUUUGCAGAUCAGUUGAAAUUAAUUUUUUGAAAGAAAAAUACUACAAAGGCAUUAAGGGAUAUAUGUUUGCGCCUAAUAAUUCAUCAUUAAGAUCCAAAUUCGCCAACAAAGUGGAAGACUGUUUUUGUGCGGAACAAACGCUGGGUACACAUGGAGAAAAUACUUGCUUCUUAGAUGGUGUACUUGACAUGCAACCAUGUUCUGGAGCUCCAGCUUUACUGUCGUUUCCACACUUCUUGUGGGCUGAUAAGAUUUACCUAGAUGGCGUCAACGGAUUAUCACCAAAUGAAGCAAUACACAAAACCUAUUUAUUGGUGGAGCCGGAAACGGGAACACCGCUUGAAGGACGUACUAGAAUGCAAAUAAAUUUUAUUUUGCGCCCAAUUGAGCACAUCAAAUUCAUGCAAUCGCUUCCCCGAGUUGUACUACCGGUUUUAUGGGUAGAAGAGGGUGUAAAUUUAACCGAUGAAUAUGUCACGAAACUACAAGAGUCGUUUUUUGACACUGUGAAGAUAGUGAACAUAGUCCAGUGGGUACUUUUGGCAGGAAGUUUAAUUUUGACAAUAGCAUUUGGUGUUUACUUCUUUCGUAAACAAUUUUCAGAUCAACCUUAAAGAAAUAUGAUAUUUUUGUUCAGUCUGCCCGAACUGAGUUUUUGUA